AUGGCCCCGAAGGAAGCCACUACUACAACGACGCGCACGACGCGAGGCGCCUCUGGUAUAACCAAGCCUCGCAUCCUUAGCGUCCCCUCGACCGAACCAGAGGGCAAGAAGCGAACGGUAACCAAGAAAAAGGGAACCACAAAGGCCAACACGUCCAAGCCCAGGUCCAAAGUUGCGACCGGUCGCGUGUCUAAGAAGACGUCUUCCAAGGAGACCGUGACCAAGGCGAAGAAGAACCCAGUUGCCAAGGCAAAGGACAAGGUCACCGGUGCCGCUGAGAAGGUUGCCGGCGCCGUCGAGAAGAAAGCUGGCAAGAAAGCGAGCGGCGAGGCUAAGAUCAAGAGGGACUAA